GGAAACGCACGCUUUUGCCGCUCACUGAUUUGCUGGUAAACGAAGAAUUGCAUUCUGGGUAACUUUGAAACAUGGCGGACGACGCUGAACAGCCACAGGCCACCAACACCGUGGAAGAGCCUCUGGAUCUCAUCCGCUUGAGUUUGGAUGAGAGAAUCUAUGUGAAGAUGAGGAAUGAUAGAGAACUGCGCGGCAGACUGCAUGCAUAUGACCAGCACUUAAACAUGAUCCUCGGAGAUGUUGAAGAGACUGUGACGACUGUAGAAAUCGAUGAGGAGACAUAUGAGGAGAUUUACAAGUCCACAAAGCGCAACAUUCCCAUGCUGUUUGUUCGAGGGGACGGAGUUGUGUUAGUUGCCCCGCCACUGAGGGUUGGAUAAGUUACUUGGGCAGUGCACAGCUUACCUAAACAUUUUGUUUUGGACUCUAAAUUCAGUGAAUGGACUUAAGUGGACAACUCGUUUUGUUUUGAACCACAGAGUUGUAAAUCUGUUUUUUUUUUUUUUUAAAUGUUGUUGUAUAUAUCAGUUCAGUUGGAACUUUUGGCUCUCAUUAAAAUACUUUGUUUGAUCUUUUUCAAAAUACAGAUAUUUUCUCAAAUGUAGCCUAAUAAACCUUGUUAUGAUCUGUCAUGCAAAAAUGUGUUUUCUACAAAGCAUUGUAUCAGCUGCGAUGGCUGACAUUAUUCACAAUAGACCAUUUUCACAGACUGAUGACGCGUUUCCACCUUAUCAGCGUAAAUCUCGCACAUUCUUUUAUAUUAUACAUUUUUUAAAUAUUGAGUGUAAAUUUAUUGCAUAAUGCUUUGUGUUAUGUUACGCUGGGGGACCCUCUUCAUGUAGAUUUACACAGCAUUUAUAAUGUUACGGAUAUGACUAGAGUCUUGUGAUUUUAUACACAUGUUUCAAAAUUACUGUUCAUUUAUUUAGGAGCAAAACUUUUUUAAAUGAGGAAGAAAUUGCAGAGUGCACCUUUAAGAAAUUGGGGGAGAAAAGCUGUUGAAACUGAGACCCAUGAGACUCAGGAAGCUUUUACAGCAUUUAUGCUUGGUAAGAGUUUGCAUUGACUGUCCUCUACAAUAAACCCUAUAU